GCCCGUGACGCUGCUUGUACACGUAGCCUAGUAGGAUGUGUUCAUUGAAGAUGGUGGCGUUGUGUCAGACUCAGUGUCCAGCACAUUUCAUCUUAAAAGCUGAUGUAGAACUUGCCACGUUGGACCAUUUGAUUUGAACAGGACCACAGGCUAAAACACAAACAAAGCUACGCCUGACUUCAGUCUUCAGUGAGAUCUCUUAGAGUGACCUGGUCCUCGGACCUGAUAACUCUGCAGACAUGCAGCCCCCUCCCCGGACUGGACCCCCAGGAGCCACUGGCCCUCCUCCUUCUGGGCCUAAUAUGUUUCGCAGGACCAGGCCUUACAAGCAUGCUGCAGCAGCUGCUCCCACAAUGCCUCCUGCUGCCCAACCCAUGACAGACCCUUUUGCUUUUAGUAGAGCGCCUCCCCCUAUGGCUGCAGGAGGACUCCCAACAGUACCUAACAGCAACCCUGCACCAAUGCAAACAACACCUAAUGCCAUGUACCCUCAACAUGGCUCGGGGCUGCCUCCACAACCACAGGUACUAGAGGGUGCCACGGCUGCUCCUCUUGGAGUUAACCCCUUCAACCCUCACGGUACAGCACCCCUUGGUCCAACAGGAUAUGUAUCCUCACAUAGUGAACAGGGAUAUUUUAAUUCGAGAGAACAGACACCAUCCACAUCCACAGAGUCAGCACCUGUGGCUACAACCUCAGAACCAAGUCAGACACCUUUGAACCCAGAAUUUCAAGGACAGUCUGCUCCUCUGUUGGUCCCCUUCCACCCACUACCUCCCACCACCUCCUCUUCUCAGUGGGCCCCUGAUCAUGGAAGUCGCCCUCCAUCUGUUCAGAACUAUUUCCAGCCUACUAGUGACCCUCAACCACAGCCAUUUAAUAUACCUCCACAAACUCAGAUGUACCCCUCCCACAGCCCAUCACCCCAUCACAACACCCCUACCCCUCCAACCCAACCUGUACAUCUCCAGAAUCAGGUUUCUCUUCCUCCUCAACACCCACUAAAACCCCCCACUAAUCAGUGGCCAGACCCAAAUGGGCCCCAGCAGCAUAAUUCCCAUUUCCCAACACAGAAUUACUUCAGUCAGAGCUCUGCUCCACCAGAUCCUUGGUUUAACCAGCCUCCACAGGACUCAGGCUACCACCAAAUGAGUACUGGUAUGGGCUAUCCUCAGCCUCUACCUGAUGCUACUGGAUCUCAGCAUUCAUCCAGCACUGGGCCUGGGCCUAGUUCUGUCCCAGCCCCAGUUCCACAUUUCCAGGAAUCUGGUACACUUUCAAUGUUCUUCAAAGACAGUGAUGUGGAAAAUGAGGAAACACUGUCUGGAGAGAGAAAUAAGGCAGCGAAUGGUAUUGCUGGAACUUUUCAACAUCACAGCAACCAGCAGACACAUAGUAGUCAUGCAGAUGUUUCUUCUGAUUACCAAGGAGCUUCUCUUUACGAUCAUUCACAAGUACCUUAUAUGAAUGAUGGCAGUCGUCCAUCACAAGGAAAUGCUCAGAAGCCAGGUGAUUCCCAGUUUGACCAUGUAGAGAAUUUGGAGUGUGUCCCAAACCAGGAAGUAUUACCCAGUGAAAUGCACAGUAGUCCUGCUGCUACUGCACCCCACGGCGUUGACCACUUUGAAACUGGACCCAACCUGGAGACUCCAGAUUCAAUUCCAAGGCCAAUGAGAUCCGCCAGUGUGUCAUCCAACUACAGCAACAUGAGCCAUGGAAGUGGAACAGGCACUCGUCGACACCAGGGAGUGGUAGGCACCUUUAUUCAGCAGGAAAGCCCACGGCUCUCUGAUGAUCCUAAUCAGCCUGCUGCUGCUGGAGGCUACUUUGAACAGAUUGACACUUCCCCACCUGGAGAUAUUGGUGUACAACAGAGCUCCCUGGAGCAAAUUUGGCCUCCCACACCUAGCCCUCCCAAACCAACCGGUAUUUUUCAGGCCAGUGCUAACAGCUCUUUCGAACCUGUGCGCUCACAUGGGGUUGGGGUGCGUCCUGCUGAGGUUGACAGGGCUAAAAUGGUUGCAGAAAGGGGUACAGAUUGUACACCGGGCAAUAUGGAGCAGCCACCAGAUAAUAUGGAAAACAUUUAUGGUCCAGGGCACCCUCUGCCUGCAGGUGCUGGAGGUGGUGUACCUCAUCUGACACACCCAGGGGUUCAUUCUCACUCUCGACCUUCAUCCCGUGCUCAUGGGAUUAAUCAGCCCUGUGAGAGCCCUGCCACUACUCUGUGGGCUCAGAAUGAUCCUACGAGCUUGGGUGCCAACAUCCUCCUUGCCCCUGCUGCCCCAACAGUUCUUGCCCCUUUACGAGAACCCAGUGCUGAUGUUAUCCAGCCUCCAGAGGAUGGUCCACUGGACCUGCAGCCCUCCCAAAGAACCCAGCCAUCUUCUCAUCAACACUCAGAGAACCUAGAGAACCCACCAAAGGUGAAUGAGGCAGAGCCUAAUGACUCUCAAGGCAACCCGGGCUAUGCAACGCUCCUUGUACCUAGCUCGCUCCACCAGCCUGUUUUCAUUGCCCCACCAGUGUCUAAUUACAGUGUAAUUCCCCCUAGUACCACUCCUCAAGCAGUCACUCAAAGUAGCCUUAGGGAAACUACCCCACCUGUGAGAUCAGUUACACAGGGACACGGCGCCAGUACCUCCCAACCACCUUCAGUAACAUGUAAUCAAAAUCCGCUCUUUUCUCCUGGAAUCCUGAGUUUUGGUGCUUCAGCUUCUAAUAACGGUCCGCUCAAUCUGACUCGAGACAGCACAGCAGCUGCAACAUCAGAAAUCACAGUGCCACCGCAUCCUCAAUCUGUCCGCCCUCCUCUUUCAAGGGGCCAAUCACUGGGCGGAGACAGCCACUCUGCUCUCCAAGUUAAUCUGCAAGCUUCUCUUAUGAAUGAUCUUUCUUCUAAUCAUAAUCAGCCAUCAAAUUAUGAACUGCUUGAUUUUUCUAUGCACCAAUCAAAAGCCCAAACCCAGGCUUCGGGCCACCCUUCCUCUCUUCACGAGUCUCCACAAUCUAGUAAUGGAUUUUACCUACAGGUCACCAAAGAUGCUCAACAGGGACUACGAGUGGAAGCGAAUGCCUCUGUCCAGACUCCAACCUUGUCAUCUACUGCACAGGUACCACCAGCACCCUCGCAAGCAACCUCCAAUACCCAGCAGCCCCCAACAGAACCUCCUAAGGUAGUAGAUUCUCAGGCUGCACUACAUGGACAAAAAGAUACUCCUCCUGUUACUGUGAGUGGAGUACAACCUCCCAGUGGCCAGUAUCCUGCUCCAGUACAGGGGCCUUCAGCAGGAAAUGCUCCUCCUCCUGCUAGUACAAACCCUCCCAGGCCUCAAGGUCCUCCAGGAGCUCCCCAGUCAACUCCUGUGGAGCCACCUCGACCACCGUCUUCUGCAGGCAGCCAUCAAGGAUAUGGGCCUCCUCCAGUGCCGGGUCAGAUGUAUAGCGGCUAUUAUGGUAAUUAUGGAGAAUAUCCAGAUAGCAGAGCACCAUAUCCUUCUGGCCAGUACCCACCUCCAUCUGGGGAUCCUAGAGCACAGCCAUAUUAUCAAGCUGGGCCAUACAGGAACAGAGCAGAUCCUUGGUAUGGCAGAUAUGAGGGGCAAACCCAGGGUUAUCAUGAUCCAAACUACCAGUACAGAGAGCCUCAGCCAGAGCGCCCCAGCUCUCGAGCCAGUCAGUACUCUGACAGACCAUCAUCCAGGCAAGGCUAUCCCGAAGAUUACCACAGAGCAAACCAAAGUGCCUAUAGUGAUUAUUAUGCAAAUUAUGCCAAGUACUAUGGAGGAUACUAUGGACACUAUGACCCACGAUACAGAGGAUACUAUGACCAAUCCUACUGGCCUUACGAUGAUAGCUACGUAAGAGGAGAGAGCUACGCUAAUCCACAAAUGUAUCCUGCUAGGAAAGCUGGUUAUGAUGACCAGUGGCGAUACUAUCCCGGUUACGACGCCAGCUUUGAUGAUGACUAUCGUCGUCAGGGAGACAUGUAUGGCGAUGACUUUGACCGGCGCAGUGUCCACAGCGAGCAGUCGGCGCACAGCGUACGCAGCUCCCACAGUCACCACAGCAGACGGAGCAGCUUCAGCUCACGAUCACAACAGAGUCAGGUGUACAGGAGCCAGCCUGACUUAGGGUUAGUUAGUGACAGCACUCUCCCUGUGGAUUAUUCCUAUGGGCAAUACCCAAAUCAGACUGAUGCAUCUCAGAACUACAGCCAGUACUAUCCCUCUGAGUACACAGCAGAAAGCACCUGGAUUGCACCUGAGCAGCCUCCUCCUCGUCCCGCAACUCCAGAGAAGUUCACCAUACCUCACCGCUGUGCCCGCUUUGGACCUGGUGGUCAUCUGGUUCAAGUACUGCCAAAUCUCCCCUCAGAAGGACAACCUGCUCUAGUUGAUAUCCACAACCUUGAGACCAUGCUGCAGGAUACCCCUGAACAGGCAGAACUGCGUGCUUUCCCUGGACCUCUUGUCAAGGAAGAAACUCAUAAGGUGGAUGUGAUCAAAUUCUCCCAGAACAAAGCACUGGAGUGUUCCCGUGAUAACAACCUCUUAGACAGGGACUCUGCCCGCCUGCUCUGGGACUUCAUCAUGCUGCUAUGUAGACAGAAUGGGACUGUUGUUGGCACAGACAUUGCUGACCUCUUGCUGAAGGAGCAUCGCUCUGUCUGGCUUCCCGGCAAGAGUCCUAAUGAAGCCAACUUAAUUGAUUUUAAUAAUGAGCCACUGGCAAGAGCCGAGGAAGAGCCUGGAGCCGGACCGCUAUCCCUACUAUCAGACACUUUCAUGACUGUCCCAGAGAAUGUUGGCAAAGAAACAGAACGCUUCAGGGAGCUGCUGCUGUUUGGCCGCAAGAAGGAUGCACUAGAAGCAGCCAUGAAGGGAGGUCUCUGGGGUCACGCUCUGCUGUUGGCCAGUAAGAUGGACAACAGGACACAUGCACGUGUCAUGACAAGGUUUGCUAACAGUUUGCCCAUCAAUGACCCUCUUCAGACAGUGUACCAGCUGAUGUCGGGGAGGAUGCCUGCAUCAGCCACCUGCUGUGGAGAGGAGAAGUGGGGAGACUGGCGUCCUCAUCUGGCCAUGGUGCUGUCCAACCUCUCACACACCCUGGACUUGGAUACUCGCACAAUUACCACUAUGGGCGACACACUUGCUUCUAAGGGCCUGAUUGAUGCCGCACACUUCUGCUAUUUGAUGGCUCAAGUUGGUCUUGGGGUUUUCACAAAGAAGAGCACCAAGAUGGUCCUGAUUGGCUCCAACCACAGUUUGCCCUUUUUUCAAUUUGCGACUAAUGAAGCAAUCCAAAGGACUGAGGCCUAUGAGUAUGCUCAGUCUCUGGGCUCCCAGCCCUGUUCACUGCCAAAUUUCCAGGUGUUCAAAUUGAUCUAUGCAUGUCGCUUGGCUGAAGCAGGCUUGAGCGCUCAGGCCUUUCACUACUGUGAAGUUAUCUCAAAGACUGUCCUCAUUCAGCCUUCUUACUACUCCCCUGUUUUCAUCAGUCAGAUCAUACAGAUGUCUCAAAAGCUGCGGUUCUUCGAUCCACAAUUAAAAGAGAAGCCGGAGCAGGAGUUGUUCGUUGAGCCUGAAUGGCUGAUUCGCCUGAGACAGCUGGAUGGACAGAUCAAAACGGGAGUGAUCACAUACAAUGCAGACAGAACAACUCCUACACAGUUUGACUGCAGCAGCCCCAGCUCUGACUUGGACCAACCGAGUCCACCUGAACCGUAUAGCAUCCCGCUGGAGACGGAUGGCUCAGCCCCUGACAACCCACUCAUAAGCUCAUUACUGCCGGGGCCGCCACCACAAGGAGUCCAGUUGAUGCCUCCAGCUCCCACUUCCAUCCUCCAAGAUGGGAUGGCCCCUCCUCAGCGCUCACCUUCUACUGAUGUGCCCCAGUACUACCCAGUCCCCCUCAGUGGACCACCAGGCCAGAUUCCCUUCCCAAACUACCCUCCGCAGAAUCCUGGCUUUGCCCCUCCCACCUUCCAGCCUCAACCCGAGCAGCCAGAUAUGUAUCCAGGAGCCCAUCAGCAGCAGUAUCCCCCUCAUCAAGUGGGCCAGAUGUCACCACACAUGCACCCUCAGAUUCCACACUCACCUAUACAUCCCCCAGCCCAGAUGCCUCUGCACGUGCCCCCUUCUCCUGGACACAUGCCGCCUGUAGAGCACCCACCACAAUCCCCAGUAGAGAUGCCGACUGUCCAAUCAAUUCCAUCCUCUCCACGCAGGACCUCCCUGACUCCUCAGAAGGACUUCUAUGACCAGAUGGCUAAGAUGGGUCACGGGAGAUCUCGGACUACUUCACAAUCAUCAUUGCAUUUGUCAUCAGGACGUCGCUCCCGAACUGCCUCGGAGUCUUCCACUCACUCUGGUGGAAGAGAGCGGAGCAACUCAGCUGUAAAGCAGGCCUCUCCACCUCCACCCUCAAUUCCUGAACAGCCCAAUAAAGAAGAGACCAAGAAAGUCAAGAAGGAUUCUCCAAAAAAGAGAGGGGUUGGCUGGCUGGGCUGGAUCAUUGGGAAGGGGAAGAAUGAGGCUCACUUGCCAGAUGAUAAAAAUAAAUCUAUUGUGUGGGAUGAACAGAAGCAGAGAUGGGUUGACUUGAACGAGCCUGAAGAGGAGAGCAAGCCACCUCCACCACCACCCUCUGGCUUCCCCAAGAUGCCUCAGGUUCCUGGUCCUGGAGGGCCUGCUGCACCUCCAAGUAGUGGUCCUCCUGUCAACAUGUUUUCCAGGAAGGCAGGCACUAAGAGUAGAUACGUGGAUGUUUUGAACCCCAGCAGAGCUGCUAAACCUGGCGGUUUAGCCCCUGCUCCAGCGGACAUCUUUGCUCCUUUGGCACCGAUGCCUAUUCCUGCAAACCUGUUUGUGCCUAGCUCAGCUCCCGAUGAUCAUCAACCUCUGGAAGGCAGCGAAGGAGGCAGUCAGGAGCAGAAUUCACCAAAUACCAGCGCUGCUCCACAGAUGUUCACCCCAAUGUUGUUACCACCUGCCCCAGAAGGUCCUCCAGUGCCUGAUGGCUCACAGUCUGGGGAGCUGUCACGUUCUAGUUCAAUGAGUUCUUUAUCACGCGAAGUGAGUCAGCAUUUAAACCAGAGUGAUCGUGCCCAGGGGACUGCACCCAGUGGAGGCGUCACCUUUUAUAAUCCCUCGCAGUUUCCACCGACAAGUGCACCAUCAGGAGGUGGACUACGCUCAGGACGUUUGGGUGGUCCGCGACAGUACCCAGUGAUGAAGUAAACAACUGACAUACAGACUUGUUGGAUUGCAGAGGAUCCUAGCUGAAAGUAAAAGAAGCACAUGGACAAACUGCUCUAUGUCUUAAGGACCCUUUUUUUUCUUUUUUGGCUGUACCUAAGAAGAGCAUAAUUACAGUAUCUGUCACGUCAGAACUCGACCACACUUCUCUCCCCCAGUUCAGUAAUCUUUACUGAUGCGUUUCUGAGAGGCGUGUCUUUCCUUGAAGGGCUUUCUCCUGCAUCCAAACAGAAGAUGGACAGUUGAAUAAUGGAGGCUGAUCUGUGGAUGCAUUCAAACACAAACUGUACGUUCAUGUAGGCUUAAUUUAGUGUACAGUAAAUGCAUCUCUCCUCUAAAGCUGCCCGGCUCUGACACUGUUAACAGAAUCAUCAUCCUGUCCCUUUCUGUCUCAAGUCCAGAUGGCUGUGAUUGCUUGUAUGUGUGACAGAGAGCGGCACCUUUUUUUUUUUUUUUUUCUUUUUUUUUUAAAUUUCAUAUUUUGGACUUUUAUGUGCAACUCUUUGGUGUUCUGUCAACUGGAGACGGCGUUUUUAUGUGAGAAUGAAUUGUGUCCGUACUGCUUCGUCUGCUGUGUUUGCUUUCCUUCAGUUGCCCUUCGGUAAAGAAGGCAUGAUGGAUGACAUAGAGAAGAAAGUGUUAGGAUGCUGCACGUUUCAGAUAUUUAUUUUCAGUGUCCUCCUGCCCAUCAGUUCUUCAAUUCUAAAGAUGUGUCAGCAGGGUCUUUUUGUCCACGUGAGCUCAAGUUUCUCUUGUGAAAUAUGAUCUGAUCGAGAGGUGGUCUACAGAGCAGCAGGAACCACGAUCAAAACUGCAUUUUAAAUGUUGCUAAAAAUGAAUCUAUCCAAAUAUUUGUAUAUCAGAUUGAUUGUAUUUAUGAGAUGUAGACAUAAAAGGUGUGAGUGUGUGUGUGCGUGUAGAUCAACUAAUUUUUCUGAUAAGCUUUGACAGAAAUGCAUUUAUGAUUGAGAUGGCAAGAUUCAUAUUCUGAUCACCUGUAUUGGUCGCUUCCGCAAAUAAAUCUUUAUCUACAUUGUAAAAUGACA